AUGCUCGUCUCCUUGCAGACCAGUGCUGAAAAAAGCAUGGAUGAAUCAGCCUUGUUGGACCUUUUAGAGUGUCCGGUAUGUCUGGAGAGACUUGAUGCCUCCGCUAAAGUCUUGCCAUGUCAACACACAUUCUGCAAACGUUGCCUGUUGGGGAUUGUCAGCUCCCGGAGCGAGCUGCGCUGCCCGGAGUGUAGGACGCUGGUAGAGUGUGGGGUAGAUGAACUUCCCAGCAAUAUUCUCCUGGUCCGACUGCUGGAUGGAAUCAAACAGAGGCCGAGGAAACCUGGGACAGGGCUACACACUGGGAAUAGCACAAAUGCAUUAAGAGCACAAAGCAAUGUAACUACUAACUGCGGCACAAGUGAUGCACAAAGUAAUCAGGGGGGACCUCAGAGGAUACAAGCACGGAGCCCUCCUGUCAGGGACAACGUUAGUACAUUCUGUCUUUCCAUUCCAAGGAUGCCAGUUUCCUUUGACUCUGGUAGAUGUGGUAUGCAGGCCUUCACCCUGUUCACAGAUCAAUGA